UUGCGAAUUUUUAAAUGUUAAGUUUUAUUUAGAAAAGGGAAAUUCAAACUACACAAUACUAAUAUAAAAUUCUUACAUUUUUAUGGCUGCCAUUCAAACUAGGGAUUUUCUUAUUUUUCUUAAUCAUAGCUGAAAACAUGCUUAAAAUAUGAUCCAGAAUAUUCUCCUUCUCGGAAUCGCGGGAGAAUGUUCUCUUUUUAGAACUUGACUAGUUGACGAGACCAGACGCUUGACUCACACCACUCGUCAGGCCAGACGGAUUCAAUUCAAGGCAUUCCUGCUGGCGAAAAAGGCAAAUCGAAGCAAAUGCACAAGCAAAAAUGGCGUCGAAGGGUCAACGUUGGAUAGAUUCUGGCAUUUUGCGGAAAAAAACAACAGAAGAGGAGCCGCAGGAUCUGCUGGUGUUCGGGUACAGCUGCAAAUUAUUUCGAGAUGACGAGAAGGCGAAAAUGAUUGAUCAAGGGAAGCAUUUGAUACCGUGGAUGGGCGAUAGCACAUUGAAGAUAGACAGAUACGAUGGACGAGGGGCUCUUGGCGACAUACGGAUAUAUGAACCACCACCAGGUGGCUUUGACCAGCGGACGUUUCUAACCGAGGAUGAAUACAAAAUUGAGCAGCAUUGCGACGAAGAGCGGUAUCGUUCCCUGUACAACAAGGAUGCCGAGGAAUCUCUCUACCAUGAAGAGGAGAUGAAAAGACUGCACCAAGCUCUGGAUUCCGAAAAUUCCUAUGGACAAGUCGGUUACAGUUACAAUGACGAUGAGAGUCGAAAAGGAAUUAAUGAGGAUUCCCAAAGCCCAAAACCGUCCGAAGGUUCUCAAGAUGACGAGGCUUUCAUCGGUCCCCCCGAAUUGGAAAUACCACCCGAGAUGGCAGUGCCGGAUACGCAGAAACUGAACGCCAUAAUAUCGAAAACCGCCCUUUUCAUCAGCCGCCAAGGUGGUCAAAUGGAAGUUCUAAUAAAGGCAAAGCAGUCAAACAAUCCGCAAUUUGCAUUCCUCUCUGUGGAUGGUGCGUUACAUCCGUAUUACAAACUCAUGCUCGAGGCUAUCAAGUCUGGAAAAUAUAACCCAGAAAAACUGGCCGAGAAGGAAGAAUCCGAAGAACCGGAAGAACAAAGCGACGAAGAUGAUGACGAGCCUUAUCUUCAUCCCAGCCUCGCACCUUCCUUCGCCAAAGUUGAAGCUGCACCAAGUAUACCAAGUAUAGCUUACAAGCCUUCAGCUGAUUGCGCUUACUCGAUGUUGGUGAACAGAAUUACAGGAAAGCCACCGCCUUCGAAAACCCCGCUGCCACCGGAAGUUCCAGUUCAACCAAUGGCAAUGUCUGGAUAUUAUCAAGGAAUUCCUCAACAGCACCCAUAUUUUUCACAGGCUUACCCACCGUAUCCAGUAGCUCCUCAACAAUACUCCCACGGCCCAGUGCUGUACGGAGCAAACGGACACGCCAACAAUCCACAAGUUUCUGGCGCACCAAUUCCAUCUUCAAGCGACACACCUCCUGUGCAAACGCCACUGAAAGAACCACCUUCUCUUGUGCCAUAUGGACCAACACCACCGAAGCCCCUAAGCAGACCUUCGUUUAUCGUCCCGCCUGCCGAAGUUCAGAUAAUCAUAGAUAAAAUGGCAAGUUACGUGGCGAAAAACGGAAGGGAUUUUGAAGCAAUUGUCAGAAACAAAGGUGAUUCCAGAUUCAAUUUCCUUGAAUUGUCACAUCAGUAUCACGGAUAUUAUGUACAUAAAUUGACGAUGUGCGAGGGCGAUGUCAACCCCAGGGUUUUGACUGAAGAGGAACUUCUUCAGAAGCAGGAAUUGAAGGAAGAGAAGCAGAAGAAGUUGGAAGAGCUGCAGAAAAAGCAGCAGAGAAUGGAGGAAGUUCAGAAGAGAGUCAAGAUGAUACAGGCGAAGAAGCAGGGGGACUCUAAAUCAAAGGAUGAUUCUGGAAAUAAAAACAUCACGACCGUUUCUUUCUCUAUCAAGAAACCUAAGGAAGGAGAAUCAACUGUCAUCGAAAAACGAAAUGCUCUACCUUUAGAAGAGAGCGAUGAGGAAGUGGAUGAGGAGAAGAAAGAAAUCAAUUCCAAACCAAGUUCGCCGCAAGAUCUAGUUGACGACAGUUGUUCUGUAAAAAGUGAAAAGGAGUCGACCAGUCCUGAAAAGAAGUCGCGAAUUGAUGAGAAUGAUUUAGUGGACCUCACAGAUGAUAUAUUGGAGGAUUGUCAGAAGGAUUUGAGGAAUAAGCAGGUGGAAGAUCGACUGAAAGAUAAAUUGGCAGCAGCAGCGAGGGAAAAAAUGGCAGCAAAUGCGGUGAAGGAGAAGCAACUUCAGCUGGAAAGGAAAAAGAAAGCCGCGAUGUUUCUGAGUCAGUUGCAAGCACCGAUCGUUGUGAAAAGCAGUGAGAAGCCACUCUCGUCUUCGGGAAGUAAACGAGAUCCAGAUUCGGAUGAAGUUCAAUCAGUUCCUUCGGUUCCUUCGCCGAUCAGAGAAAUUGAACCCGAUGAAUCGAAUACUGGGUGCACACCGUUGUUCGCAAGAUUGAAAGGAGCCGAGUUAAAUGUCAAGAGGUCGAGCCAUCGGUCUAGGAGUCGGAGUGGUAGUCGGAAUCGAAAUUAUUCUGAACGAGAUAAACAUAGGAGCCAUAAGAAGCACAAGAAGAAGAAAGAGGAAAGAAAGCGCAAAAGUAACGAUAGUCCCAGUAGUUCGUGGUCCCACAAAUCGAAAAAGAGUAAAAAGUUAUCCAGGCAUCGAAGUCGAUCGAGAAGUGCCCGCAGGCAUCAUCAAAGCUCAAGACAUCAACGAAAGGGCAGCAGUUCCAGUAAUUCGUUGUCUAGCUCACCUUAAGUUACUUAUCUGGUGCAUAGAUAAGUAUUUUUUGUUUAACGUUGUACAUAUUCUAUAUAUACCUGUAUAUUUCAACGAGUACAUAUUGUUUGAUACGUAUUUCGUCAAAAACGAAUAAAGCGUAAAUGUUUC